UUUUCCUUUAUUUUUCUGAAUAUGCUCAAGAUUGUUCAUGAUGGAUGUCUGUUUCGAUUGCUUGUUUCCAGUUCAUUUCGUGACUAUGUAAUUCGACUUGAACCAGAGCAAGGAGAGUUUGAAGACAGAGAAAUAUGGCUACUUAUUACACUGGUUCCGAUAAUCAAAGAGAUACGGCUCCGAUGAUCUAUAUAAGAGAAUCGAUGCCCGGUUCUUAUCUAGAGGGAUCGGUUCUUCCUGGUAAUACGAUGGUGUAUAUGAGUUCCGAGUCCUAUUCCGAUGCAUUUGCUGGGAAUUCUCAGCUGAAAAACAAUUGCACCGAGAUUCCGGCAGUCGAAGCUUCGGCUUCGACUUCACAGCCGGAAGGAAUCUUGUCUAACCUCGGGGACCAUGGUUUUGGUGCUUGGAGGGAUGGUAGAAAUGAAAUGCUGGCUAUGCAACCAAUGGCUGGUGCUUCCGGCAUCAUUCACAGUGGUCAAGGACUAUCCUUAAGUCUUGGUACCCAAAUCCCCUCUGGAAUUCAAAUCCCUUAUCGGAAUGCCGGUUUUGGUUUUUCCGGUGGUAAUCAAGAUUCGAAUAAAGGGGCAUUGUCUCUAUAUGGAGUGUCAACUAUGGCAAGAACUAUUCCUAAUUCCAAGUACCUCAAGGCAGCACAACAACUGCUGGAUGAAGUCGUUAAUGUUCAAAAGGCUCUAAAACAGCCUGAUGGAGGGAAAAAUCAAAACUCGAAGAGUUCCGAUGAAGAGGGGGGAUCGAAGAAUGCGUCUGCAAGCCAGCAAGAAUCCUCCAUGAACCCUCCAAAAGAGCUCACACAUGCUGAAAGACAAGAAUUACAAAGCAAGUUAACAAAGCUCUUGUCCAUGUUGGAUGAGGUUGAUCGAAGAUAUGAACAAUAUUAUCAUCAGAUGCAGAUUGUGGUAUCAUCAUUUGAUGUAGUAGCAGGGUGUGGAGCCGCUAAGCCGUACACUACACUUGCAUUGCAGACUAUAUCGUGCCACUUUCGGUGCUUGAGAGAUGCAAUUAAUGGUCAAAUUCAGACAACAAGGACAAGUCUCGGGGAACAGGAUACUUCGGAAAACAGUAUAGAAAUGAGGAUUACUCGUCUACCUUAUCUGGAUCAGAAGCUGAGGCAGCAGAGAGCUCUUCAGCAGUUUGGUAUGAUGCAGCAAAAUGCUUGGAGGCCUCAGAGAGGUCUCCCUGAAAGCUCUGUUUCAAUACUUCGUGCUUGGCUAUUUGAACAUUUUCUUCAUCCCUACCCAAAGGAUUCUGAUAAGAUCAUGCUUGCAAGACAGACAGGCUUGACUAGAAGUCAGGUUUCAAAUUGGUUCAUAAAUGCUCGGGUGCGUUUAUGGAAGCCUAUGGUUGAAGAGAUGUACAAGGAAGAAUUUGCUGAUGCAGAAAUGAACUCUAAUUAUUCGUCUGAUAAUGCAGUCAAAGCAACGAAAGGCGAUACAAUGACCUCUAAGGACAGAGGUGAAGAUCUUCAACAAAGUGGGACUUCAUCGGCGAUAGAGAGAGGUAGCAAUGGACAGUUGAUGGAUUCCAAAUCUGACAAUGUUCAUGAUGUAGGCAUCCCGGGAUCAACUCCGGGAGCUGUUUUCCUGAAUGUCACAUGCGGAAAAGCUGAAACCGAGUAUGUGUUACAGAAGCUAAGGGAGGAGCACAGGCUUACUAUGGGCAACUCUAAUAUCCCCGAUGAAAGUGUUCACCUGGAUGGUGGUAGUCACCAAUUCAUGGCAGCCACGGCUUACAAUGUUUCGGACUGGAGGUUUGGAAAUGGAAGUUGUGUGUCUCUCACUCUGGGAUUGCAGCGUUACGAGGAUGGAAGCAUAAGCAUGUCAGGUGGAAGCCAUCAUCAAAAUUUCAUUGCUAUGAGAGGGGAUGAAAUGUACAAUCCUAUAACAUCGGUUGGAGCCGAAACAGCGGAUUUUGAAUGCAUAAACCCCAGUAAUCGGCAACAGGGGUUCAGUUCCUCUCAGCUGUUACAUGAUUUUGUAGAAUGAUAUGUACUUGGACUGCUGAUUUAUACUUGCAUUAAUCUUCAUAUAUUCUCUUAUGGAGAAGAGCCGGAAGCACCAGAAGCAGACAGAUUCAGAACACGGUGAUCAAUAAAAACAUAGUACUAGUAGUUCUAAUAUAUCAAGAAAUUGAUUGGUGAUUCAACAUAUUUGUAAAGAUAUGUGAUUUUUGUUAAUAUGGUGAAAGGAAAAAUAUGUACAAAUAGU